UCCCGCGCCGUCUUUGAACUACCCCCAAGCAACGCGCCCAGAGAAGUGUGAAGCUUUAUAAAAAUUUAAACGCGUCCGUGGUGGAGGCAGGAGUGGGGCGGAGCCGCGGCCUGGCCGUUCUGUGAUGAGCUGAAUUGUUCCUGCUGAUGAGUAGCUCCUCUUCUGAUCCGGACUCCUUGAGCCUUUAGAAGCUUAGAAGGUGAAAUUGUCUACCUCUAAAGAGAAACAGUGCCUACUCCUUCAAGACGCAUCUCUCCAUUGCUAUGGAUACCGAAUCCACAUACUCUGGGUAUUCAUACUAUUCAGGCCAUUCAAAAAAAUCUCACAGACAAGGGGAGAGAACUAGAGAGAGACAUAAAUCGCCCCGGAAUAAAGAUGGCAGAGGAUCAGAAAAAUCUGUCACCAUUCACGCUCCCACUGGAGAGCCCCUGUUGGCAAAUGAUUCUUCUAGGACUGAGGAAGUUCAGGAUGACAACUGGGGAGAGACCACCACGGCCAUCACAGGCACCUCAGAGCACAGCAUUUCCCAAGAGGACAUUGCCAGGAUCAGCAAGGACAUGGAGGACAGUGUGGGGCUGGAUUGCAAACGCUACUUGGGCCUCACCAUCGCCUCGUUCCUUGGACUUCUAGUUUUCCUCACCCCCAUUGCCUUCAUCCUGUUGCCCCCGAUCCUGUGGAGGGAGGAGCUGGAGCCUUGUGGCACAAUUUGUGAGGGACUCUUUAUUUCUGUGUCGUUCAAACUCCUCAUUCUGCUCAUCGGGACCUGGGCACUCUUCUUCCGAAAGCAGAGAGCAGACAUGCCCCGGGUGUUCGUGUUCCGUGCCGUUUUGUUGGUCCUCAUCUUUCUUUUUGUGGUUUCCUAUUGGCUGUUUUAUGGGGUCCGUAUUUUGGACUCACGGGACCGAAAUUACCAGGGCAUCGUGCAAUAUGCCGUCUCCCUCGUGGACGCCCUCCUUUUCAUCCACUACCUGGCCAUCGUCCUGCUGGAGCUCCGGCAGCUGCAGCCCAUGUUCACGCUGCAGGUGGUGCGCUCCACUGACGGGGAAUCCCGCUUCUACAGCUUGGGCCACAUGAGUAUCCAACGAGCAGCUCUGGUGGUUCUGGAAAAUUACUACAAAGAUUUCACCAUCUAUAACCCAAACCUCCUAACAGCUUCCAAAUUCCGAGCAGCCAAGCACAUGGCCGGGCUGAAAGUGUACAAUGUAGAUGGCCCCAGUAACAAUGCCACUGGUCAGUCCCGGGCUAUGAUUGCCGCAGCCGCCCGGCGCAGGGACUCAAGCCACAAUGAGUUAUAUUAUGAAGAGGCUGAGCAUGAGCGUCGGGUAAAGAAGCGGAGAGCAAGGCUGGUGGUGGCGGUGGAAGAGGCGUUCAUCCAUAUCCAGCGUCUCCAGGAUGAGGAGCAGCAGAAAGCCCCAGGGGAGGUGAUGGACCCCAGGGAGGCGGCGCAGGCCAUCUUCCCGUCCAUGGCCAGGGCACUACAGAAGUACCUGCGAACCACUCGCCAGCAGCACUACCACAGCAUGGAGAGCAUCCUGCAGCACCUGGCCUUCUGCAUCACCAACAGCAUGACCCCUAAGGCCUUCCUAGAACGAUACCUCAGCGCAGGCCCCACCUUGCAGUAUGACAAAGACCGCUGGCUCUCUACGCAGUGGAGACUUAUUAGUGACGAGGCCGUAACUAACGGGUUACAGGAUGGAAUUGUUUUCGUCCUUAAAUGCUUGGACUUCAGCCUCAUCGUCAAUGUGAAGAAAAUUCCAUUCAUCAUACUCUCUGAAGAGUUUAUAGACCCCAAGUCUCACAAGUUUGUCCUUCGCUUACAGUCUGAGACAUCAGUUUAAAAGUUCUAUAUUUGUGGCUUUAUUAAAAAAAAAAAAAGAAUAUAUAUAGAGAGAUAUAUAUGUCCAGAGGGGUGUCUUUUUUCUAAAUUUUUUUACUCUUCGUUGCUGACUGAAGUUGGCAGAUGAUAGACCAGUAUCCUUUGACCAUCUGCACUUUAUUCGGAAGGAAGCGGGGGUGUCCACCUUGAUGGAAAGUGACUGGGGACACCUUGACUUUCGUAGAUGGGACUUCUGGAGAAGCCGACGCUGUAAACCAAAGCGGAGCUGCUAUGUCCUUGGGAGCCUCGCCUUAUAACUGGUCCCUGACUCUCAGCCAGACCCACAGCCCCAUCGCUUCUGGCCGACCACCUCAAAGAUUCCAGGGGACCCAUCUCUCUCCUGUUCCAGGAGCUCAGACACCGCGCCUCUGUGUGUUUGCGCGUGCGUCAUUGUCCUCAUCACCACGUUCCCUGUGGGAGUUGGAGCUGUGUAGGAGUCGCCUGCCUUCCUCUUUGUUCUUUGUUGCCUUAGAUUCCUCAGAAAAAUCCCAACAAAAAAUGUGCACUAUCAGGUUACAGCUCAUAAGUGAUUUGCUUUUAUUUUUUCCCAAAGAAACCUACCAGCCAUGUUUCUGAUCCCGUUCUGCUCCUAGCCCUGGGACUUCCCACCCUGGCUCCACUCCACCUGCCCACCCUAGCAGACAUGCCACUGCCCCUCCUGGUGUGUAGCCCUGGCCAGAGCUGCUGGACCGGCUCUCCAUGUGUGCCCACAAGCCCUCUGCAGUCUCGGCGCCACGCCACCCGUCCGAGACUGUCCCACCACGGGGAAGUACAGCAUGGCCUACCGGGUAGAAGACUGGAGAGCCAGCCAGCCAGCCAGCCGGAGUGCCUCUUUUAGGCUGCAGCCAAAGCUUACCCUUCCCGAUCCUCCCCCUGCUCCACACCAACCAGCGGGGUCUAACACUGUGACUCUGGGGUUGGCAGGUGCCUCUUGGAGCCACCUGAUUUCCCAGGGAGGUGAGUUUUCACAUAGCUUAUCCCAAGCUGUCCUGCCAAGGGAGACCAAACAGUGCCGACCACGCUGGCAGCUACUGCUGUCCAGCCCUGUGUUUUCUGACCACCGCCACUGUGCACCUUAUCACCUCAGCCACUUAGUACCGGGAGAGGGGAUGGCAUGGCUCCUGCCGUGUUUUUAGUCCUUGGUCACAUGGAGGCGAAUGGAUGCUGUGGAGUUUGGAGAAAGGGGAGUAGGGAGCCAGUCUCCCGGGCUGGAAUGGUUCUUCUUUGAUCUGUUUCCUAUGGACCCCCUUGCAGUGGGUAAUCUUUGUCUCUCUUUGCCUUCCUGUGUGUGCAGCAAACCUUCAGAAAGUGUUCGCCCUCUCAGAUCUUUAUGAUAGUCGCCUUGCAUGAGGAUGAUGCUAUCAAAUACUCUGUGUAUGUGCGUAUAACCUUAUUGUUUUAUGCAUUCCACAAGUGGUACCAUGUCUUGUGUGUGAUUUUUAAAAUCUCGGUUGGCUUUCAGUAUUUGAGUACACCUGUAUCUGAAAAAGCAAACAUUGUUCUUGAGUCAGCAGCCUUCAGCUGAAAAGAUGCAUUGGAGAAAAAGGAAGAGGAAACCCAAGGCACGGCACAGAGCCAAGCUGUACUAUCUAGUGACACGGUUCUGUUUAUGAAAAACACAUAUCGUGUAACCCUGGUGCUUCUUUUCUUAGUUUUUGCCUCUAGCUCCCUUCAGACUGGAAGUUCUUUAUGAUGUCUUUCUCAGGAAGUAUUUUGGGAGAUAGGGUAAGGAGCAGUGAAUGUGUGUGAGGCCUCAGCCGCGUCAAGGGGCUGAUGUCCCAGACGACCUGCUGCACGUGAACGCGGAGCAGUUGGAGGUGCCAUAUGUGUAAAACAAUAACAGCAACAAUAACAGCACUCUUCAUCAGCGCUGCAAGAUGCUGUGCCUCCCACCCUAUUUUAAGUUGCCCGUCCAUAAGGGGUUGCGUUAGAUUCAUUCACUAUUGUUUGUACAUUCCCAGCAAGGUGAAGACAGGUUUAAAGAAAAGAACUUACUUUCUGUUCUCCUCUGACUCUGCAUAGGAGAAUGUCAGGCUUCCCGAAAUUACUGUUUCUUUUAAAAUUGAAUAUCGAUUUUGUUUUUACACUAACUUUGUGUCGAGUUCUUUCUGAAAGGAUAGCAAAAUGAACCGCAGGAUCCCUAUAAAGCCUUUGCACUUUCAACCUCUGAAGAGUUACUGGUGCAGCGGGAACCAGGUAAAUGGCAUUAAAAAAAAAAGGAAGGCUACAGAAAGCUGGACCGCACAAUUGAACACCGUAAAUUUUUAUUUCAGUUCUUGGAACCAGUAGGCUAUUCUUUUUAAAGGGGGUAAACUGUACCCUAAGGCUAGUAGAAGAUGUGUUCCUAUUAGAGGAGGCAGGAUUUCAUUUACCUUAAAUGUUUAUAGAUUUUCUAUAGCUCUCAACUUAAGUUAUUAAAAUUCUAACAUGAACUGUGAAAGAAGAACUUACUGAACAGUAUAGGUCUGAGAUUGCUGUCUUCCCUGGUGAGGUUUUAACCAGGAGGUAAUGUUUGUUCCUAAGUGUGUACUUGUAGAAAUAUGGUGAUUUUUUAAUAGAACAGGAAUGUUAAAAUUAAAAAGUGCAUUCUGGGAGUUGGAUUUGAAGGUUAUGUAGCUCAUCCUUUGUGUUUCCCGUGAAGUAGAAAUGCAUAAGCCUUUUGCUGAAGUUCAUAAAGUAGACCCUAGAGAAUGCUCAAACACCAGUUUUUUUGCCUGACUAUUAUUACCUCCCUUUCUUCUUCUCUCUCUUUCCCUUUUGAAAUCUACAAAAAGGGCAAAUUUUUGUCAGCAAAGCAUGAGAAGUAGAUGACUCUGGUGUGUUUGCCACAUUGCACUUCAUUGCAGAGGUUUGGGACUCCUUUCUAACAGAGGGGCCAGCCAUGCUGGUGCGUUGGGCAGGGAAGGGGUACUGACCAUGCCCGUCUCCAUGCAGCCUGUGGGGGCCCUCGGCUCUCCCGUUCAGCAUCUCAUUGCAUUAGGUGCGUGCAUGUAUAAAGUGGCCGUAGUUGUCUGCAA